AGUCAUUGGUUCAGUGUUCCCAGAAACCAGGUAUUUCCACAAACUAGGUUUUGUUUUGUUUUGUUUUGUUUUCUUCAGUGAACUUGGCUGCUUUUCUAUUCCUUCAUAUUUUUGCAAGGCUACCUUUCGCUUCAGGUCUUGUAUCUGGUAUUUGCUCAUUUUCUUCUUAGCAGGACAUUUUCUUGGAAUAAGUGAUCUUUAGAUUUCUCCUCUAGUAAACUCACAGGAAAACAGAGAUCUGGUCUGGUCCCAUAUAGGAAUAGACCAUCUGCAUCUAUUGCAAGUAAGUGCCUUGGCCAGGAUCCCAAUCCUGAAACGACCAGAUGAAGCUUUGGCUUAUGCCCUGGAUGCUGGCAGCAUGGGUUCUCCCUGCCUCAGUAGAUCAUUGUCUUGAUCCUCCUCCAGUCAACUAUAGCAUUCUUGUAGCAACAGCUAUAGAAGGAAGGUUGCUGGUGACCUACAACUGUAUAAGGGGCUACCAUCUGGUAGGGAAGAAAGAGCUUUUCUGCAAUAAAAUCUUGGAAUGGGACUCCCCAAAACCCAUCUGUCUCUUGGGUCACUGUCCUAAACCUGUGUUGGUUAAUGGUCAACUGAAUUCCUCAAAGCUGGAGCCUGUUUCUGAGGAAGAAGUGGUCACCUUUAAAUGUAACACUGACUAUAUCCUGAAGGGCAGUAAUUGGAGUCAAUGCCAGAUGAACCACACCUGGACACCUUCCCUUCCCAUUUGUGUAACAAGACAAUGCAAACCUCCAAAGCCAGGGCACGGCCACUUUAAAGGAAAAAACUUCAAUUCAGAGUCAAACAUUACUUUCUACUGUGAUGAUGGAUACCAGUUAAAAGGGGCCAAGAACCUGCAGUGCAUGGAUGGGGAAUGGAGUGAUGAGCCCCCGAUUUGUGAAAAGAUCAUGGAAGCCACUACAGAGGCCCCAGUAAAAGUUGAGAAGGAAUCAUGUGCAUUUCAGGAAAGCAACAACAUUUGUGAAACUGUACAGAGGUUGAUGCAGUGUCAAAAAGGAAGUGGAAAGACACUAGAAGAACUGAAAUACUCCCUGGAAAUCAAGAAAUUCCAGCUGGAAAAAAUAAAAGCUGUAAUAAGCACAGAAAUAAAUGAGAGAAGCUUUUGAAUACA